UCGAUCAGCAGAGGACGGCGCCACACCAGAGCCGAUUCACGCCAUGGAAACAAAAGUCAUUUACUUCACAGUGAACGGGACGCCAGAGCAGGCGGAGUUCCCUGUCGACUGUCCAGAUCAGGAUGUCAAAGAUCUUUUUCGAUCCGCAGCAGAGGCAGGACCCCAUGACAUCCUGAAACUCUACAGCCCCAAAGGCAGCAUCAUCAAUAUCUCCACCCGUCUGGAGCCCAACAGCCCCAGCAGCUGCUACAGGCUGGAGGUUGUGGCCACAGACUGCAGCCACCAGCCACCAGGGGCCGAGCUUGCUGGGGGGCUUGACCUUUCAUCGAUAGAAAAAAGACUGCAAUGCUUGGAGAGGAACAUUCUGAUCUAUGACGACAAAACCCCUUCAGUGGUGUUUGAAAUGAAGAAACAGGUGGACUCUUUUCGGGAGAAGCUGGAGAACGUUGAGCAUUUGAGCUGGCUGGGGCUGUUCAAAGAUCUUUCUGAGGGAACUCACAAACCCUCUCCGUUCUACCACAAGAGAACUCUCCAGAAAACUAGGGAGGAAUGUGAGCGAGUACGGGAGAAGUUUCUACAGAUGAGCUCUCUGGAAGUAUCAGAAGAAGUGCGGAACUACUUGAAGACCCCCACAUUUGAUAACUGGCAGUGGGAGGAUGCUGAGAUCAUGGUCCUGCUGCAAGUCAUGUAUACAGACUUGGAUUUUGUAGCAAGCUUUAAUAUUGAGCCUGAAACCCUGCAACAGUUCCUGUUUGAGGUCUACAGAAGAUACAACAACAUUCCUUUUCAUAACUUCAAACACUGCUUCUGUGUGACCCAGAUGAUGUAUGGUUUGAUCUGGCUGACUGACCUCAGGAGCAAAAUGGACAGCAUCAACCUUCUGAUUAUGCUGACCUCUGCAGUCUGCCAUGACCUUGACCACACAGGUUACAACAAUGCAUAUCAGAUAAAUGCACGGACCGACCUAGCGCUGCGCUAUAAUGACAUCUCUCCUCUGGAGAAUCAUCACUGUGCUGUGGCUUUUGAAAUUCUAGAAAGGAGAGAGAGCAACAUCUUUAGAAAUCUCUCCCCUGACCAGUACAAACGGAUAAGGGAGGGCAUGAUCAAAUGCAUCCUGGCGACUGACAUGACGAGACACAACGAAAUACUCAACAAGUUUAAGUCCACCCUUCCAUCUUUUGACUUUACCAACAAGGAGCACAAAGAUCUGCUCAUGAUGAUCCUGAUCAAAGUGAGCGACAUCUCCAAUGAAGCUCGACCCAUGGAGGUGGCUGAGCCAUGGUUAGACUGUCUCCUGCAGGAGUUCUUUAAUCAGAGUGAUGUGGAAAAGUUGGAGGGCCUCCCAGUGACCCCCUUCAUGGACAGAGAUAAAGUGACCAAGCCUUCAUCUCAAAUUGGCUUCAUUAGGUUUGUCCUUCUGCCCCUUCUCAUUGAGCUCACUAAACUCUUUCCCUGUCUGAAGCAUCACAUCAUUGAGCCAGUGCGGAAGGCCCUUGACUACUACACUGAGAUGGAGAAGGCUCUGGAGAAGGAACAACAGGCCUGGGCUCAAAGUGAGAAUGUAGCCAAGAGCAAUGAGGAAGAUGACGGGCAAGACAAUCCCAACUCAAAGUGAAAAAUUGGAGAUUCUGGGAUUUUUCCAUUUUUAAGAUUCAGAUAUAGGUCUAAAAAUCCUUACCAUGUCUCUUUAAACAUGCUGCUGUGCAACCCUUUUAGAAAAAGCAUAACUUAUACUCUAAUGUCCUUUUAAACUUUAGGCCAUUUUCUUUUCUUUCAAAAAUGUUAGAGAAGGUGAGUUAUCUUUAGAAAGUCAAGAUAUUUUAGAGAAGUUACCGUCUGGUUGUGCGAUGAUUCAACUGUUGAUCCACUGUUUUAAUUCAUCGCAAUCUCACUGCUGCUUUCGACACAGUGGAUCACAGUGGAUCACAGUGUUUCAUUAACCCUCGUGCUAUCCUAGGCACUUUAACUUUGGGAGGUGGGUCAUCUAGACCCACUAGACAGUGCUCUGAACCUUUUUUCUUCAAUGAUUUGUGAU